CAGGGUGCUGGCCGGAGCCCGGGCGGCGGGGCUGUUUAAAGGCGCCGCGCGCCAGCGUAUUGCCUUUUUUCUGUGCAUGCAAGCGAAGGUGUGGAGUGGUGAGCGAUACCGGGAGCUAUCGCCUCGGAUAGAUUUACCACGAUGCCUGGGUCUCUUCCAGUGAAUGCUGAAUCCUGCUGGCCCAAAGAUGUGGGAAUUGUUGCACUGGAAAUAUAUUUUCCCUCUCAGUAUGUUGACCAGGCAGAGCUGGAGAAGUAUGAUGGUGUGAAUGCUGGCAAAUACACCAUUGGGUUAGGCCAGUCAAAGAUGGGAUUCUGCUCUGACCGGGAAGAUAUCAAUUCUCUCUGUUUGACUGUGGUUCAGAAGCUCAUGGAGAGGAGCAGCCUUUCCUAUGAUUGUAUUGGGAGAUUAGAAGUUGGAACGGAGACAAUAAUUGAUAAAUCAAAAUCUGUAAAGACUGUCCUGAUGCAACUUUUUGAAGAAUCUGGUAAUAUGGAUGUAGAAGGAAUUGACACCAUGAAUGCAUGCUAUGGAGGCACUGCUGCUCUUUUAAAUGCUAUUAAUUGGAUUGAGUCCAGUUCUUGGGAUGGACGUUAUGCACUUGUUGUUGCUGGAGACAUAGCUGUGUAUGCCACUGGAAAUGCCAGGCCAACAGGUGGAGCUGGUGCUGUUGCUAUGCUAGUUGGUCCAAAUGCUCCGUUAAUUUUUGAGAGAGGAUUGCGUGGAACCCACAUGCAGCAUGCAUAUGACUUCUAUAAACCAGAUAUGGUCUCUGAAUAUCCUGUAGUUGAUGGUAAACUAUCUAUACAGUGCUACCUCCGUGCAUUAGAUUGCUGCUAUGCUGUCUAUCGCAACAAAAUCCAUGCCCAGUGGCAAAAGGAGGGGACAGACAGACGUUUCACCUUGAAUGACUUUGGAUUCAUGAUCUUUCAUUCUCCCUACUGUAAACUGGUACAGAAAUCUGUGGCUAGACUAUUGCUGAAUGACUUUCUCAGUGACCAGAACCUAGAAACAGCAAAUGGUGUUUUCAGUGGUUUGGAAGCUUUCAGAGAUGUAAAACUUGAAGAUACAUAUUUUGAAAGAGAUGUGGAAAAAGCUUUUAUGAAAGCCAGUGCAGAGCUCUUCGAUCAGAAAACCAAAGCUUCGUUGCUCAUAUCCAAUCAGAAUGGAAAUAUGUAUACCCCUUCAGUCUAUGGUUGCCUUGCUUCUCUUCUAGCUCAGUACUCCCCAGAGCAGCUCUCAGGGCAGAGAAUUAGUGUGUUCUCAUAUGGCUCUGGUUUUGCUGCUACGCUGUAUUCCAUCAGAGUUACACAGGAUGCCACUCCUGGUUCUGCACUGGACAAAAUAACUGCCAGCCUUUCUGAUCUUAAAACAAGACUUGACUCAAGAAAAUGCAUUUCACCUGAUGUAUUUGCUGAAAACAUGAAGAUUAGACAGGAAACACAUAAUUUGGCCAACUAUAUUCCACAGUCUUCAGUAGAAGAUCUCUUUGAAGGAACAUGGUACCUUGUGCGUGUGGAUGAAAAACACAGAAGAACUUAUGCACGGCGCCCGCUCAUGGGUGAUGGACCUCUGGAGGCAGGAGUUGAAGUUGUCCACCCAGGCAUUGUUCAUGAGCAGAUCCCAAGCCCUGCUAAGAAAGUGCCAAGAAUCCCUGCAACAACAGAAUCUGAAGGUGUUACUGUUGCCGUUUCCAAUGGGGACCAUUAAGAUACCUCUGUGAGGUGGGGAAUGAAGAGAGUUGUGAGGGUAGGGUGAGAGAAAGGAUUGCAGUAGUACUGAAAUUUCAGUGUACAGUAGUACUUCAUUGGGUGUAUGGAAAAACUGUUUAAACUCCUUGAGAAGAUUUGUCAUAAUAUGGUAUGCUGAUACUUUUAGUAUUUUCAGAACACUAAAAUAAUGAAUAUACUGGAGAUGAAGGAACUUGCCAGGGGCUUUGUGGAUUCCUUAACACAUCUGAAUUUAAUUGCUGCAUAGUAGCUGUAAUCUAUUACAAGAUCUUUGUACAUAGAAAAAAAAAAAAGUAUCUUCUACUUGCUUUUUCCAUGUAAAAUUACUUGAAACCUACGCUGUUAACUUUUCUACUUGUACUUAAAAGUGGGUGGCAAAAUAGUCCAAGCUUUUAAUGUUAGGGUUUUCAAUGCCUUAACAGUAAGCAGUCAAUCUUCUGAAUACUGCACUUGUCUUUCCCUUUAUCACCUUCCCUUUCUUCUCCCAGUCUACCUCUUAUCACACCAUUGCUUUGGGAAAGGUAUAGAACCAAGUAACAUUCAUUACUGGAAUAGAGUCUCUCGCCCCUGUCAAAAUGACUGGAUCAAGAAUGGCUAGACUGUCAGGUGUGGUUUUUUUCCAAGAAACUCUGACCUACUGUGUUAGUUACUAUGUAAUUCCUCCUAAUAUCCAUAUUACCUGUCUUAUACCUGCAUUAUAAAUCCCAGCAGCCUGGGAGGAAAGAGGAACAAGAAGGGAGGUAGUAGUUUUUUCUUCUAAAGAACAAAAAGGGUAUAUUUCUUGGGUUCAUUGAUUUGGCACCUUUCAGAAUUGUUUAACUGUAAUAGAAGUAUUUAAGGCAGCAGAAUUUUCAAAUAAAGCUUCUGGAUAUUAUGGAGCUGUUUUAAUUAGCAAACUAAGGAAGGGAGGAAGAUCACUUUGUCUGGAACUCUGGCUUCUCACUAUUCUUUAUAUAACACGUUUCAAAGAGACUAUUUCUAACUUUGAAUUUGGCUUAUACUUUGAAGUUCUUCUCACUAUUGGUAAUGUUGUAGGAGUGGGGUCUUCCCCCCCACCCCAAAUGCAAGCUAAAAGCUAUCCAUUUUGCAAGUGGUAGAUACACAAUGCUAAUGGUGCAUCUAUUCUGGUAGACUUCUAAAGCCCAGAUUGGAAAUGAACUAUGACAUGAGCCUUGUAAGCUUGUAAUAUAUACUUAAAUUGAGCUAACGUACAGAAUGAAGUUUUGUUGAAUUUUAUUUCUUUGCUAAUUCUACAAAGCUACAUUAUCUAAUAUAAAGUAGCAAAAAAAAUUAUUUGUCAAAUUACAAUUAUUUUUUUGUGUGUGUGUGCAAUGAAGUGUUUGUAUUAUGUCACUCACUAGGAUUUGAUAACACUGUAUUUUUACAGUCAACCCUUGGUAAAAUAGUCAUUUAUUAUAAAUUGAUGAAUACUAAUCAGUUUGUUCUGCUGAAAAUGAUGGAGCGAUGAUGCAUGAAGAUGGUGUUUGCAAGUAUUUUUGUUUAGGUUGCCCUUGUGAAACUUAUCUUGGUACCAGAAAAAAAAAAAAAUAUCGCCAUGGAACAAAGUCCAUUGCUGGCAGUGGACAAGCCAAGAAGUGAGCUACUGGCACAAAAAAUUAACCACAGGGACCUCACUUCCUGUGAGGCUGAUCCUUUAUUAAAAUAAAGUUGGAGAUACUUGAAACCUGUUAAAGUAGUGCUGACUUGGGUUUUCAGGAUGCAUUUUUCUUUAACAGGAAAGAAAGAGGAAACUGUCCCUGUGAAAACCCAAAGUUGUGGGUUCACAAUCUGUGUGGACCUUCUGGAUCUUUCUUAAUAUCGUUCCAUUA